AUGGCCCAGAAGGGUUGCUCUUUUGAACAAGGCCAUUCCGGGGAGAGGGGUCAUUCUUCCCAGAGAAUAUGCAUUGCUGAGAAAGAUGAUACACUAGAGAAUGGAUGCUCUGUGGAGAAAGGUCCCUGCUCCAUGGAAAAUGGAUUCGCUGUAGAGAAGCCCUCUUCAGGAUCCACGCCUACAGCGGCAGUGCCAAAGAACUUGCAGAAUACUCCAGAAAACAGAAGUGGCAGUGGGUCCCCCGGACAACUCAAGUCCUGUCUGGUUGAGAGCUGGGACUUGGUGAACAAGCAGAAGCAGUUAUUCCAACUCCCUGCUAAGAAAACUGUAGAUACCAUUCUCACAGAGUAUGUGACUUUUGUGAAGUCACAGAGAAAGCUAGAUAAUAGGGAAUAUUCUGUUGACGAUUUCAACACAAUACCGGGCACCCAGCUGCUCUGCCAGUUUGAAAGAGCCCAGUAUGCCAAAAUAUACCUGGCUCAUCCCCACACUCCAAUGUCUCUGGUCUAUGGGGCGCAACACCUCCUGAGAUUAUUUGUGAGACCUGGGACUACACUGGCCCGUUCACCCCUUAAUAGGCAGAGUCUUAUGUUAGUGUUCACCUAUAUACAGGAGCUCCUCGAGUACCUGGCACAGAAUUUCACCUCUCUGUUCAGUGCCAACAACUACACAGUGGCUUCUGGCGAGUAUUGCUGCAAAGCCUUGUGA